AUGCCAGUGCUCCGCUUUAACCUGACAAAUAUCUUAGCCGUGCUGCUCUUGGCAAGCUUCAGCAGCGCUGAAGUAGACAGAGAAGACGAGCACGACCUCGAGAUGGAUCCUUCACCGGAGCCCAUCGAUGGACGUUCGUUUUUCUUUCUGGGCACACUCUUUCGACGUUGGCGCAAUCGCUGGAUGGCCUAUCACAGUUCUGAUCCCCUGUUUGCCGGUGCUGCCUACCCAAUCAACGGAUACUACAAUUGCCCCAUCUAUGGCUGCAAUCCGGCGGCCAUUGGACCUCAGCCUGGUUACUAUUCUCGUCCAGGCAGCUUCUAUCCGCUGACCCAACAGCAACAGCAGGCUCAAGGCAACAGCAAUGUCUACAUAUAUCAGACCGAUCAGAACACUGCUACUUCUGGGAGUGGGACACCUGCCGUUCCCCUUGGAUACGGAUACUUUGGGGCUGGAUCGCCGCUUCGACCCGGGCAAGCUCCAAUUCCACCCAUUUUGCCACCUUUGUCAGUGGGAGGGAGUUCAGCGGGUGCCGGAAGCUAUGGCCUUGGCCCAGGACAAGGACCAGGACCUGGACCCAUACCAAUACCACAAUUUGGCUAA